GGGAAUCUGGAAAACGACUGAAAUUUAGAUGAAUUGACAGAAGGCUUUGUCUGUCUUUUUACAUUUCAUGUUUAUGAGAACUGAAGACAUAGAUAACGUUUUGUUGGAGACAUGGCUGAGAAAUUUGAUAACCUCGAGGAGCAUCUCGAGAAGUUCAUUGAAAAUAUUCGACAGAUGGGAAUCAUCGUUAGCGACUUCCAACCUAGCAGUCAAACAGGACUCAACCAAAAACUGUAAGUGAUGAUAGUUGGCUAGCUAGCUAGGUGUUUCUAGUAUUACUAGCCAUCAUAGCUAGCCACUUAAAUAUCUGACUACUAACUCCCCAAGUUAUCAAUACACCACAGUUGUUUAAAAAAUACUAAUGGGUUAGCCAAUGGCAAUGCUAACUAGCCUCCACAUAGCUAGCUAGCUAGUUAGCUACUUUGGUAGCUAGCUAGUACAGUCAAUCAAUGUCACAGACACACAGCAGGGUAUAAAAUACUUAACAUAGUCAGCAAUUAAUCAGUUAAUUAAUCUAACUGUCAGUAAUGUUGAGGUAGGUAGUUUUAUGGUAGUUGUAGAUUAUUUUGCCUGCUAGUUGUUGAAAUGUCUACUCGAUCCUGUGCAUUUUAGAAACUACAUGAUCACGGGACUGCAGGACAUCGAGAAAUGUCGCCAGCAGCUACAUGAGAUCAACGUUCCUCUCGAGGCUUUCGAGUGAGUAGACGUAACUACCAACUUAUACAUACACCGGCCAUUUCUAGCUCUAGUUUACUGUGAGCAUCAUGUAACUUUUGAAAGCCUGGGGAAGUUAUCCUCAGGAAUACGACAAAAUGGGUGGAGAGUACGGUGGAGUCUAGAUGGAAACUAGUUACGCGUUGCCACUUCAAACCAAUCACAGUUUGCAUGGGUGGCACUGGAGCACCAAACAGAUUGUGUUUUCUGAGAAAAAAUCUGACGUGCAACAAGCGAGCAUGCAUGCAUACUAUACUAAACAAAUGCUGCAUAAGCUAUAAGACUUUGUCUGACACGGUAGGAAAAGGGACACAGAUAAAACAGGAAUUGCCUCUCCUGAGGAGAAACUGAGUAGUUAUUUAUUCUCAGAGCCAAUCAAAUGCGAGUGUUGAAUGCCAGCGCUCCCAUUCAAAUGCAAAAUCCAAUACUGAAGUUCUCCAGACUUCCAAUAGUCGAGUCAACAAGAUGAGAUUUGGAACGAUGGUGAUGUGAGACUAUGGUGAGCUUAACAGAAAGUCACCCUUGUACCAGCUCUUUCUCACCCUCAGACCUCCACUUGGCCACAGACCCUCCAGCCUAACUCAACCAAUGUAAUGGUUUGCCUUAUGUUGUCAGAUACAUAGACCAGGGUCGUAACCCCCAGCUGUACACUAAGGAAUGUCUGGAAAGGGCCCUGGCCAAGAACGAGCAGGUCAAAGGCAAGAUUGACACCAUGACGGUAAGUGGCAGUAAAUUGAAGCCUAAUAAUGACAUAGAAAUAGAUUCAAGAAAUUACUUAAUGACAAGUAGUCUUGGUUACACUUUACUCAAAGCCUGCUGGUAUAAUGCCUUAGGAUUAUAAUGGAUUGUAAGAUGUGUCAUAAGCAUAUAUAAUCCCCUUAUACUGUUUUAUUACCAUCAGGACCAUAAUGGUUCUUGCUAAAUAACAGUAAUUAAACUUUAGCUUCAAACUCUGACCCCUCUGUUCUGUCUCUGGUUGCAGAAGUUCAAGAGCCUGCUGAUCUCUGAGCUGGGCAAGGUGUUUCCAGAGGAGAUGACCAAGUACAAGGCUAUCCAUGGAGAUGACCCCCCAUCAUAGUGACCCCUGACCUUUAACCCUGGCCCCUAACCCCCACUGCUCAAAGCCACAGUGAGGUUUCACAGGGCAGGAUCAAUGAGUCAGCCAGAUAACAUGUAUUAAUAUUCAGCGAAAGUGGGUUGUUGACAUUAAGAAAUAGCCUAGUCAGAGAUAAUGAGACAGCGGUAGAGGUAGUAGGAGGAUAAAUUAUUUGUUUCUGAUGUGGGAAGAGUAAUGUGGCAAAAAUGCUCCAUGGAAGGGUCCAAAAUAUUGUGGACAAAAAAAAAAGACAAUCAUCAUAAAUGAGCUAGAGCUGAGGACUGGAUAGUAAGAACUGGCAGCCAAGAACCUAUUGCCUUUUUCAAGUUAAUAUUUUUGUUGUACUGGAAAUAUGGCAUUUUCUCAGAAUCUGAUAUCUGGCUAACUGUUUCCUCCUGCUGUGUGAGAUCCCACCUACAAAAUGUAUAUAAUGUUUAUACUCAUACAUAACCUUUUUGUAAAGAUUAAAGAUCAUUGUACCACACUGCAGAUCUGGACUGAGACUCAAGGUCAAGUAGCUAAAGGUAUCUUGUACAUGGUCAACAAACUAGUCCAGAGGUUUACAACACAACAAAACGUUGUUUUGAUUGGAUCUUGUUUUUCUUUUUGUUUAUUUUGCAAAUAAAUGGGCUUGUGUUUGAAAGAUUAGUGUGAUAUUACUGUCAUGUUAGCGCCUUGUAGGCCACAAUUCAGAAACAGGAACUUGAUUUACAAAGUCUGUAUAAGAGAUAAAGGCCUCAAUAAUGUCCCAUUCUAUUCUUUCACCCAAAGGUCAAUCACUAUGGACAUUACAUUAUCAGAGUUUGUGUUCAGUGGUUAUUAAAGAAGGAAAUGGAAGAAAAUAUUUUGAACCAACAGAGAUAUUCAAUGUCUUUUUUUGUUUUCUACCCACCUACCAAUAGGUGCCCUUUGCGAGGCAUUGGAAAACCUCCCUGGUCUUUGUGGUUGAAUCUGUGUUAGAAAUUCACUGCUCGAUUGAGGGACCUUACAGAUAAUUGUAUGUGUGGGGUACAAAGAUGAGGUAGUCAUUCAAAAUCAUGUUAAACGCUAUUAUUGCACACGGAGUGAGUCCAUGUGACAUAUGUGACUUGUUAAGGCCUCCUGUAGCUCAGUUGGUAGAGCAUGGCGCUUGCAACGCCAGGAUUGUGGGUUCGAUUCCCACGGGGGGCCAGUAUGAAAAAUUUAUGCACUCACUAACUGUAAGUCGCUCUGGAUAAGAGCGUCUGCUAAAUGACUAAAAUGUAAAUGUUAAGCAGAUUUUUAGGCUUGUCAUACCAAAGGGGUUGAUUACUUAUGGUCUCAAGACAUUUCAGCUUUUAAUUUAGAAUUAAUUUGUCAUAAUUUCUAAAAACAUAAAUCCACUUUGACAUUAUGCCAGUGACACAAAAGCUCAAUGUAGUCCAUUUUAAAUUCAGUCUGUAGCACAACAAACUGCGGAUAAAGCCAAGGGGUGUGAAUACUUUCUGAAGGCACUGCAGGUAUCGACUUCUCAGCCGAUGAGGCUGCCAUCAACCUUCACAAUGCCCUGAGGUCACAGUUGAUUAAUUCCACUUAGGUUCUCCACAAUGCAGGUGCGUGUAUUUGUUCCUUGGAUGCCUGGUUACUUAGUAGUUGGCGCGUAAAUGACAGAGCCCUCAGUGCUCUUUAGUGACGCACAGACGUGACGAUGCAACCUGUCCUUUGUGUCCUCAGGGGAAACGGGUGGCGUCAUAUGUGCGUGUACAGAGGGCA